GUGUUUUUUCAUGCAUCUUGUGGACGUUCCAAUGCAUCUUUUAUGGGUGUGGUAGAAUUCUGUGAUUUCUUUCCUUUCGCUUUCACCAUCGAGAGUUGUAUACGAGGACACACGCUGUGAAAGAGACAAUGGCUAAGAAGGGAGGAGAGAAUUCCAAGAAAGCAGCUGGUAAUGCCAGAAAGGCGGAGGCUGCAAACAAGAAGAGAGCAGAGGAACAAGCCAAGCUGGACGCAGCUGAAGACUCCCAAUGGGCGGAGGGUGCUAAGAAGGGCAACAAGAAGAAAGAGGAAGCUGCAGCUAAGAAGGCUGAGGACGCCAGAAAGAAGGCAGAAAGAGAGGCGCUUUUGAAAGAGGAGGAGGACUCCCUGCCUUCGAAGGCAUCAGGUAAAGGUAGAGGUGCUGCUAAAGUUGCCGCUAAGAGAGCUGGCAAGAUUGAUGACUUCCUCAACGAUUUGCCAACGUCUUCUGAAAUCUCCGCUUCUGGUAUUGACAGUGCGUUGGAGGCAUUGACCUUGACCCAUAAGGGUGGUGCUGUGAGUGACAAGGACAUUGAUAGACACCCAGAGAGAAGAUUCAAAGCCGCAUUGGCCGCCUACGAGGAGAGAAGAGUCCCAGAGAUGAGAAAGGAGAACCCAGGUCUCAGACUGCAACAAGUGAAGCAGCUCGUCUUCAAGGAGUUUGAGAAAUCACCAGAGAAUCCUUUCAACCAGGCUACAAACAUCAACUACAACUCCACCAAGGCCGACGUGGAUCACUUGAAGAAGGAGAUCAAGAAGCACAGAGAGGACAAGUACGUCAAGAACUGAGCUUGAUUGCGUUGUUUAAUGAAUUGUAAUGAAAGAAAGCAUACUUCUUGGGUUUAAUUGCCAAAUAUUUACACCCUGUU